AUGCCCAACGAUCUGCAUGUGAAGUACUCGGUGGGCAAGAAGGGCGCGUUCCCAAAAGAGCUGGGGCUCAUCUCGGCUACAUCGUCGCGAGGCACGACGAUGGCAAUGGCCACAACACGGAAGACACUAGACUUGACUUCGAAACGCAAAAAACCAUCAAAGCGGGAGGGAAACGUAUGGAUGGUCAAUAUUGAGGGCUACACGGCUGAGAUGCGAAAGUUGUAUAUCGCCACCCAUCCGGUCUUCUCCUCCGCCCAGCUUCUGUGGGACACAGAACGGCGCGAUAAUCCCAUUACAACCGAUAUUGGUCUCCCCUCCCAAACAUCCGUCGCGCACUACAGUCGCUGCUGGGCGCAAUACCGACGACAAAUCGACAAUGCGGAAUCACCUUCGCCUGAGCUCCAAGCAAUCUCUUCCAUCGUCUUCCUUGUCCAGGUUCUCUACCUUCCCGAGAGCGGAUUCAACACUGGCAUCGUUGGUGAAGAACUAUUGGAUUGGCUGAAUACUAUUGAUGUAAGACCGACGACCGAGGAGGUAGAGGAAUUCUCACAAGAGGACGCGUGGAAGUUAGAUGGUUUCUGGAGCUUCUUACAACGGCUAGUGCUUCGAGGCCAUUUCGAGAUGGCUCAAGCAGUCCUCGAGCGACUCAUGGAUCAACAUCCCUCCGCGAUUCUCAGCAACGUCAUCCGCACAUCCCUCAUUCCUCUCCUGGAGUCUUUCCCUAGACCUAGUGCAUUCAACCAUCAAUCACAGUUUGAGGAGGCACGUUUCCGCUGGGACGCGAGUCUGAAGACGACGAGGAAGAAUUUUGAGGGGAUGUUGAAGAGCGAGAAAGGUGAUUGGGUGCAAGCGAUCCGUGGAAUCUUCGAAAUAAUGGAUGGACAGGAGCAGCGUAUCCUUGCGCUUGUGAAUGAUGGUGGCAUAGGCUGGGUAGAAGCAGCGGGUGUCUGGGGUGUCUGGGUUGACCCGUCAAUGACGCGCUCUGACCUGACCAACAAUGUGCUCGAUCAUAUUCUGGAAGUUAUGCCGCUGGAUCCGACGGAUAAUGCUCAGGCACUGAUGGCAGCUUUGAUGGGCGGAGAUUCUGUAAAGGUUCUCUUCCUAGCGGCUGAGGCAAGCAGUUGGCUUGUCGCCCAUCUGGUCGAUAUGUUCCAAAGAAUGCAGUUCCUCGAUGAAGCCUACCUUGAAGGCGGAGAAUCGCAAAACAUCAGAUCUUUCUACAUCUUGGGCUACUGUGACCACCUCCUAGCAGACCCAUCUAUGUUUGAGAUCGCCUUCGACUAUGCGCGACACAGCGGCCCGGCAGGCCGAAUAUGGCUCGCAGACAACAUCACAAGAAUACCUCUCGGUCUGGGAUCUGCCAAGGCACCUCCAGACGCCGAGGAGGAGGCUCAGCGUGCGGCGCCUGCAGAGGGAGACAUGGAUUUGGACGUAACCAUUGGCGCGAAGCAUGACUAUGUCCUUCCCGGCGACUCCCACCAACUGGAAAAGCUCAUCCGUGAUUGCAUAGCGAACAAUUUGGAAGCGGAGCUACAGGAUAUAUGCAAGAUUGCAAGUGAGACGUUUGUGCGUCAAAGACGAUACGGAUGGGCUGUUUCAUACGCUAUCAGAGCCCGUGAUGUCCGGAGAUUGCGUUGGAUCGCUGAGCGGCUGUUGCAAGAAUAUGUCCGUCAUGGGGCGGUAACUUUCCUCCGACGCGCAAGCCAACUUCCCGACUACUUCCUCCUAGAAGGUAGCGAGGACGAAGUACCGAUGCCUCCGGACCAUGCGAUCUUCGCCGCGCCCCUCACGUUCGUCUGUCGGUAUUAUCUCUUCCAGAGACUUUAUUCGGAGAGCGAGUGGAGAGAAGCUUCUGAGUUGCUCGUGAUGUUACUGAAGAGUCGUGUGGCUCCGAGAAACUGGUGGGGCGUCCUUUUAUGGGAUUCGCUCCCUUUCCUGCAGGAGGGUGAAAUACUAAUUGACUACGACGAUUCCCUCGAACUCCUCCGUUGUCUAGAGGAGAUCCACACUGGCUCAGCGUAUGGGGGUCCCGGAGAUUACCUAGAAGCAAUGGCCGGUAUGCUGACAAAGGGCGAGGAGAUUACCCCUGAAGAACGGAAGAGGGUGGAGAAGGAGGCAUUGGAUAAACUGAGUACGUUGAGGUGUAUCGAAGCUCGUGUAUCUUACAAUGAGAUAUCUUUGUAA